GGAUGACGACCAACCUGUGAGCCAACACCCAAAGGAAAGCUGCUACACAAACAACAGUCUCCACUGCACAGAAUUACAGUGUUGUCAUCCUCAUCUUCUUUUUAAACAGAUUCUCACAAUCUCAAAUUUAAGACAAGACAUCUCAGGCAUGAACCACAGACUGGUCCUCAGUGUCCUGUUGGUGACACUCUCCUGGAUGUUGGUGAGCACGAACGCUGAAAAUACUACCGCCACUACCGUGACUGCCACAGCACCGACCAGCACGGAGGCUUCAGCUCCCAAUGCUACCACUUCCACAGCAGCUACUGUAAACAACAAUGCAACAGCAACAACCGCAGCUACCAACAUCACCACCGCAGCCGCUACUGUAAACAACAAUGCAACAGCAACUAUCGCAGCUGCCACCGCAGCUACCAACAUCACCACCACAGCUGCUACUAAAAACAACAAUGCAACAGCAACAACCGCAGGUGCCACUGCAGCUACCAACAUCACAACCGUAGCCGCUACUGUAAACAACAAUGCAACAGCAACUAUCGCAGCUGCAACUGCAGCUACCAACAUCACCGCAGCUGCUACUGUAAACAACAAUGCAACAGCAAUAACUGCAGGUGCCACUGCCGCUACCAACAUAACCACUGCAGCUGCUACUGUAGCUACCAACAUUACCACUGCAGCUGCUACUGUAAACAACAAUGCAAUAGCAAUAACCGCAGGUGCCACUGCAGCUACCAACAUCACCACUGCAGCUGCUACCGUAAACAAUGCAACAGCAACUACCGCAGCUGCCACUGCAGCUACCAACAUCACCACUGCAGCUGCUACCGUAAACAAUGCAACAGCAUCUACCGCAGCUGCCACAACAGCUACCAACAUCACCACCGCAGCUGCAACUGUAAACAACAAUGCAACAUCAACAACCGCAGCUACCACAGCAGCUAACAACAUCACCACCGCAGCUGCCGUCGCUACCACCACCACAACAACAACAUCACAAGUGACAACAACAGUGUCAACUCCAGCUCCUGAGCUUUUCAUCAUAGCAUCACCUCUCACUACUCCGAUUGAUCGUACCGGGUGUGGCAUCACUGAUUUGUGCAUAUCUGAGGCCCCGAAUUGUGAUCCAUCACAAAGCCCUUGUAUCUUCUUGGCUGUUCGCUCAGUCGGCGUUGAUCGGUUCAGAUUUAAGUUUUCAGGAUUCUCAAGUGGCUACAUUGCUAUCAUCAUCUCACCUGAUACGACACCGGGAGGAAAUGACACCAUGUACAUCUGUAACGAUAAUAAGAAUACAUCGGUAAAAUUUUUCAGUGCUCUGUUUGACCAGGGCACAGUGACCUUUGUGUCGCCACAAAGUGUGAACCUCAGUGACGGGCAGCAUCACAGGAACAAGGAUCCAGUGUGUAGUUGAGGCACCGUUAUUUAUCCCAAUGGGACGAGCCUAAGUAACUUAUUGUCGAUGGGCACUGGAAUUCUGAGUGAAAAUGGAACUGCAAAACCUCCCAGAACUCACAUACCAAGGGAUGGGAGUUGAUUUUAACACUCCAAACUCCACUGUCCCCAUGAAUUUAAUUUCUUCAACCACAAGCCCGACAACUGUAGCAACAACUGUGACUACCAU